CGAGCCGGAGAAGACAUGGCGGCGUCUGCGUCGGCAGCUUCUGGGGAAGAGGACUGGGUCCUUCCUUCUGAAGUUGAAGUAUUAGAGUCUAUCUAUCUGGAUGAACUACAGGUGAUGAAAGGAAAUGGCAGAUCUUCACCAUGGGAGAUCUUUAUCACUCUGCACCCUGCCACCGCAGAGGUCCAAGAUUCUCAGUUUGUCUGCUUUACUCUGGUGCUUCAGGUCCCAGUGCAGUACCCCCAUGAGGUGCCACAGAUCUCCAUCCGUAACCCCCGAGGGCUUUCAGAUGAGCAGAUUCACAAGAUCUCACAGGCACUGGGCCAUGUGGCCAAGGAGGGGCUAGGCACAGCCAUGCUCUAUGAACUCAUUGAGAAAGGGAAGGAAAUUCUCACAGACAACAACAUCCCCCAUGGUCAGUGUGUCAUCUGCCUCUAUGGUUUCCAGGAAAAGGAGGCCUUUACCAAAACACCCUGUUAUCAUUACUUCCACUGCCACUGCCUUGCUCGAUACAUCCAACACAUGGAACAAGAGCUGAAGACACAAGGACAGGAACAGGAGCGACAGCAUGUUGUCACCAAACAGAAGGCAGUCGGUGUGCAGUGUCCUGUGUGCAGGGAGCCCCUUGUGUAUGAUCUUGCCUCGCUGAAAGCAGCCCCUGAACCCCAACAACCCAUGGAGCUUUACCAACCCAGUGCAGAGAGCUUGCGCCAACAGGAAGAGCUCAAGAGGCUGUAUCAGAGGCAACAGGAGAAGGGUGGCAUCAUUGACCUUGAGGCUGAACGGAACCGAUACUUUAUUAGCCUUCAGCAGCCUCCUGCUGCUGUGGAGCCUGAGUCAGUUGUAGAUGUCUCCAGAGAACCCCAACCACCUACUGCCCUUUCUGAAGAACAAUCUACUUCCCUAGCUACCCAGUCAGCUGUGCCAACUCCUCUACCCAUGGCUAUUCAGUGUGUGUAUGAGAAGAUUCCAGGGGCUGGCCCAAAUCAACAAAGGCUGGGUGAGACCAAGAAAUCCAUGCUAGAUCCUCCACGAUCUGGUCGUGGAUCCUGGCGACGGUAUGAUCGGAGGCACCCGAAAGGAGGGGAGUGCUGUACCGCAAAAGGUACCAGUGAUAUCCAAGAACUGCCACCUCCUGAGAAGCCUCUCAAAGAGCCUGUGGACUUAAAAUCAGAACCCCGUAACAAAGGGCUUACAGGUCUUCCUCAGGAGAAGGGGCCUGGUAGCUGGCAGGGCUCCACAGCUCGCAGGACUCGGGACUGUGCUCGCUGGGAACGCUCCAAAAGCCGUACACCAGGUUCUUCCUACUCCCACCUACCUCGGGGCCAGGGAGCAUACCGGUCUGGUACUCGCAGGGAGCCCCUGGGCUUGGAAUCUGAGGAAGGUUCCUAGCAGUACUGUGGGGGGACAGGGAAUUGGGGGUGGGAGGGAGGCAAUAAA